AUAGGAGUCCGAAAAGUGUUUCUUAAGUACUGGCAAGCUGACCAUCUCAACGAUUUGUGCCUUCAGCUUCAGAAGAAAAUUAUAACCUGCCAAAAAGUUGUAAGAGGAUUUUUAGCUCGCCAGCGCUUGCUACAGAAGAUGAGCAUCAAACAGGAAGAGGUCACCUCAAUCAAAAGCUUCUUGCAGAACGCUGAGGAUAUGGGAUUGAAAACAUACGAUGCCUUGGUCAUUCAAAAUGCUUCUGACAUUGCCCGGGAAAAUGACCGGCUCCGCAAUGAGAUGAACGCUGCUUACCACAGGGAAAAGUUAGAGGCUAGAAACAGACCAGAGGAAGGCCACAAAAGAGCUGAAGACAAGGGUGGGAAGGUCUCUGAGGACAGCUUUGCCGGCUGUCGAACGCCUAAGCACUUCCAUUCCAGCUCCGUCCCUGUCCCCAUGGCAGUGGACGGCUUGGUGCACUCUGCGGCUGGGUCAUCCAUCAGAUCCCCCUCCCUGCACUCUGUGUUCAGCAUGGACGAUAGCAAUAGCCUGCCAUCACCAAGGAAACAGCCUCCUCCCAAACCAAAGAGGGACCCCAACACACGACUGAGCGCUUCGUACGAGGCUGUUAGUGCUUGCUUGUCGGCAGCUUCUAAGGAAACCGCUAAUGAAGUACUGACCCGUCCAAGGCCACACAGUGAUGACUAUAGUACCAUGAAAAAAAUACCUCCCAGAAAACCAAAACGAAGUCCCAAUACGAAACUUAGUGGCUCUUAUGAAGAAAUACCUGGCCAAAAGCCUGGGGAUGUAAAACCGGGAAGCACAGUAGCUAAACCAGGUGGCUAUGACACUGCGACAGUGCAGAGAGCAGCUUCUGCUGAUGGGCCACAACAUGGUGUGCUGAGUCUCUAUAUGUCACAAGAAGAGGAGGAAAAUGAGCCUGUCUAUAUUGAAAUGGUAGGGAAUGCAAUGAAAACCAGUUCUGCUGAAGCAGAAAGCCCAGAACAAGGAGAGUCUGUAUAUGAAGAAAUGAAGUAUUUUCCACCAGAAGAAGGGAGCAAUGGUAGUGCAAUAAUUCCGGUAGUGACCGGAUCUCCUCCUCUGUUCUUCGAAAGCAAGAAAAAUGUUAACGUUGAAGAUGGAACACUGGAUGGAAACAGUCAAGCAGCUUUGGUCUCAUGUAAAGACUCAUGUGACAUUCCAGCCCCUUUCCCUAACUUGCUCCCCCACAGGCCACCACUUCUUGUAUUUCCUCCAACCCCUGUCACAUGUUCACCUGCUUCUGAUGAGUCACCUCUAACACCACUAGAAGUCAAAAAGCUUCCUGUCUUGGAAACCAACCUAAAAUACCCUGUGCAGUCAGAAGGCUCAAGUCCAUUAUCACCACAGUACUCCAAAAGCCAGAAAGGGGAGAAUGAAAGACCAGCAUCUCCAGGCUUGGUUGUGUUCAAUGUUUCCAGCAAAGUGACUCCUCCUUCCACACCACCUCCUCCUCUCCCACCACCCCCUCCUCCUGUACCACCUCCUAUUUCCUAUCGGGCUUCCACACAUUUCGCAUUUCCUCCAGAGACUUGUGCUAGUUUUCUGAUUAAUACAGGGAAAACAGGUACAAACUCAGACCUGUCAAAAGUACCUCAGAGAGCAAAUCCUGCUCAGCUUGGAUGCUCACCUUCUCCGUUCUCCAAACUGCCUUACUCCCCAAAGGUGGCAAGAGCAGAUCACAGGAAAUUCAACUCAAAUUCGUCAUCUUCAUUUCCAUACAGCCCUACAAACUCAAGGUCAUUGACCAGUCCCCUUGAUGAGUUAACUAGCUUGUUCAACUCAGGACGGAGCGUACUACGAAAAUCUGCAGCAGGACGUAAGAUCAGGGAGCCAGAAGGUGCUGAAACAAAUCUAAACUUGAGGAGCCGGGAAGAUCCAAAUACAUCAGAUAUUGGACCAGAAACCCAGGAUAAAAAUGCAAAUAACCAUGGAACUCAGUCAUCUAAUCCACUGUCCAGUUCUGUGACUGCUGAAAAUGGAAAUUCAGUAUCAAAUGGUUUACCAGAGGAAAAUGAAUAUUCAAGACUGUCGGCCAGUACUACGGCAGGCUCAUCGAUUCAAAGACAUAAGGAGAGCCACACUAGUCAGGUUAUCCAUCAGCUUAGACUUUCAGAGAAUGAGAGUGUGGCUCUGCAAGAGCUUCUAGACUGGAGGAGAAAGCUGUGUGAAGAGAGAGAAGACUGGCAGCAAAUCUUGCACAACACUGAGCAAAGAAUCACAGCCCCACCUCCACCCCCUUGUAAAAAGCCAACACUGCUGAAGAAGGUAGAAGAUACCUCCUGCAACAGACUCUCUUCAGGCUUAUGGGAUACCACCAUGUGAUUCAGAUGUGUGUGUUUGCAGACUGUUAGGAAUGCAACCAUCUAAUGACUUCAAUCUGCACAAUCAGCAAGCUUUCUUCCCUUCACAAAGCGUGCAGGGAUUUUUUAUAAGCACUCAUUCAAGAACACGAGAGAGAGGAGCUAUUUAGAUCUGCUGUGUGUGCGUGUACAUGUGUGUGCUUGUUCUUUUCAUAUAUAUACACAUAUACAUACAUGUGUGCAUCUGUGAGUAUAUAUGUGUGUGUGUGUAUAUGGAGACAAACUGCACUACAAGUACUUAGAUAAAAGUACAAGACGGUCACUUGGAGUUCUCCCAUGGACAAUGAAGAAACUACGUUAAGCAAGUGAUGAUGGGGAGAAGUGACUGACAGGCAUUUUCAAGAGGUCAGGAAAGUCUGUGUGCACACUGUACAGCUGUUUUAUAUAGUACAAAAAUAUGAUGUUUCUUGUUCCC